UCUGAUAACACCAGUGUGCCUACACCUUUCGUACAAACCACCCAUAUUGUUACUCCCGAGUGAAAGAAAUGAGCUAGUGAUAAUAUAAGUGGUACUUUAAGUGCGGUACUUUGUGGAAACUGUGUGAAUUUGUGUGUUGUUUGGUACUUUCUCAUUUUUUAAGGAGUUGGCAGUCCAGAUGUGGAGCUGGAGGUACCUGAUCAAUGGCUGAGGGGACGUGGCAGACCAUCUGCAGGCUCGUGUCCAGGAGACGCGCGUUCGAACCUGACAGGGGUGACGAGAGUUUGAAAAGAUGUUUAAACUGCUGGGACCUGACAGCGCUGGGCGUGGGUGGCACGCUAGGCAUAGGCGUGUACGUGCUGGUGGGGGCUGUGGCAGCGAAGACUGCCGGCCCCUCUAUAAUACUGUCCUUCCUCAUCGCUGCCACCACAUCGCUGUUUGCAGGACUAUGUUACGCGGAGUUUGGUGCCCGGGUGCCGCUGGCGGGCUCAGCCUACAUCUACACGUACGUGUCCGUCGGGGAGCUCGUCGCCUUCAUAGUGGGCUGGUUUAACAUCAUCGAGUUCACAUACGGUGCAGCAAGUGUGGCCCGCGGUUUAGGUGCUUAUAUUGAUGCAGUAUCCAACAACGCCAUGUCGGAGUGGUUCCUCAACCACAUGCCUAUCAACGCCUCGUUGGGCAUCUCCCCCUACUUCGAUCUCUUCUCGUUCUUCUUCGUCACCAUCAUAGGAGUGGUUCUGUCGUUCGGCGUGCGCGAGUCUUCGAUGGUAAACAACGUGCUGUCCGUCAUGAACAUCAUUGUCAUCGCCUUCAUUAUCAUCGCCGGAGCCUUCAAGGCGGAUUCCCGCAACUGGAGCAUCCCUGAGGAGCUGGUACCCCCAGGGUACGGCGUGGGGGGCUUCUUCCCGUACGGCUGGUGGGGCAUGCUCAAGGGGGCUGCCAUCUGCUUCUACGGCUUCGUCGGUUUUGAUGUGAUCAAUGCUUCGGGAGAAGAGGUGAAAGACCCAAGGAAGACACUACCUUUAGCGAUCCUGUCCGUUCUGUUCAUAGUGUUUAUUGCGUAUGCGGGAGUCAGCAUCGUGGCCACUAUGCUGGUGCCGUACUAUGAGUUGGUAGGUGUUGCGUCUGUGUCGGUAGCGUUCACCCGAGUGGGGUGGGACUGGGCGCGGUGGAUCAUCACCAUCGGAGCCGUUUUUGGUAUUUCUACAAGUUUAUUUGGCGCGUUAUUCCCGUUGCCACGACUGCUGUAUUCGAUGGCGAAGGAUGGCCUCUUCCUCCACUGGUUCGCUAAAGUCGGUGCCACGACGCGGUCACCUAUUAUCGCUACUCUUAUACCCACUGUUGCUAUUUCCCUGCUAGCUGCUUGCCUGGAGUUGGAACAGCUGGUACUGACGAUGUGCAUCGGAACGCUCUGCUCCUACACCAUCGUCGCUGUGUGUGUUGUCUUACUCAGAUACCGUUCAUUCCAUGAGCCUGAAGCGAAGCACUCCAUCAUGAAACAGAUCAUCGGCCGAGCAGACAAGAGAGCCACCCGGGUCUCUACUACAAUUGUCAAUGUAGCCAUAGUUUUGUUUGUGGUGAUGUGCUUCGCGAUAGCUCUGGUGGUGGUCUACGUGCAGCAGCCCCUGAUUCCUGCCAUCAUCCUGCACGUGCUGACUAUACCCAUCGUCAUCAUCAUGGCUUUGCAGCCUUUCAGUGAUGAGCGAUUACCAUUCAAAACACCCCUGGUGCCGUUUAUUCCUUGCAUCAGCAUCUACACCAACGUGCAUUUAAUGGCAAUCAUCAACAUAAAUACGUGGAUAAGACUUUUCAUCUGGCUGCUAAUCGGAGUUCCAGUGUAUUUCAUAUGUAUGUGCUUCUAUAAGCAACCGGCAGGAAAAUCUACUGCAAAUGAAAUAGAAUUUGAACCACAUGAAAAAAGAAAUGGAAAACCACCGGUUGUGGUACAAAUAGUAGUGGAAUCACCAACACCACCUCGUACGCUUGCACGACCUGAUGACAACAUGGAAGAAUAUGACGAUUUGGAACAGAUCAACAAGGAAUUAAAAGACACAGCAAUAAAUAGUAAAAAAGUAGAAGAAAUUAUAGUACAGGAGAUUCAGAUUGAAAAUAAUGAAGAAAAAGAAGCAAAGAUAAUAGACUUGCUAGAUCAAGUACUGCAAGCAGAGGAAGAUACUUACGGUGAAGUCAUUAGUUUGAAGGAAAAUAAGGAAGAAGACAGCCAAUCAACAGUCGAACCCAAUGAGACUGGCAUCCCUCAUAGAAAGUCUUUGAGUGAACUGUCAGAUGCUGGGUCCGAUGCAUCAUCGGGCAAUCAAGUAUUGUCUAAAUACGACGUAAUUGCUCAGGUGCACAGGGAAGACUUGCCGAGAGUUAGCGAGGAAGAGGAGAAGCUGGACAGUAACGACGAUAUUAAUGAUUUCGAUGACGAAGAAAUAACGGCUUUUAACGAAAGCGACACAAAUUCACGAACAGAUGAAUCAGGGUAUUCAGACACUAUAGACAGACCAGCACUCAGCGAGUCAUUAGAUGAUACACCAGUAUCAACAAUUCCAGUGCCACCACCUCUAGAUGAAAAUUAUUUUAAGAAUAAUAAUAACUAUAGGAAAUUUAAUACAGUACUACCUAGAUAUAGCAAACCCGAACCACAAGAGAUAGACGAUGAUGAAGUUAAUGAGCCUAGAGUAAGCAUACAGUCAAACAAUUCACAAGGCGAUGGCAAUAUAAGAUUUGGUAGUGACAGGCAGAUUAAAUUCAUGUCCAAGUUGAAUAAUAUAUUCCAGAAAACUAUAGCUCCAACUGAGGAUGAAGAGAUUCCAAGAAGGAGAUCGCAUUCCACAGGGAACGUUGCUGAAGCCGAAUUAUCAGUAAACAAUAUGGAUCGACCAUCGUUGUUCCUGGAUUUAAAGAAAGAGUUAUUGUCCAGGGAACCAACACAAAAUUUACGUCCAGUCAACGCACAAAAUACAGAAGAAAACGCGCCUAGAUCAGAUUCAUCUGAGCCUGAAGAGGAAGACAUGUCAAUGAGUAGAGAAGACUUAAAGAACAAAUUAGAAAACAUUUUUGCGGUAGGUGGUCCUAAGCUUUUAAAGCCAAGGCUAAUGAAAUCUAAUCCACCUACACCAGAGGAAUCAUACCAAACAGAUAAUUCAAGCACUGAGAGCAUAUCAAAGUUACCAAAGAUGGAUAAAAACGAUACGCUAAGGAGACAGAGAGCAAAAUUCGGCGAAGUAUUGAAUUCGUUCCGAUUGAGUAUGAACAAGGAUGAAGAAGUGUAGUUCGCUUAGAAAGUGAUAUUAAGUGAAACAGUACAAGGUGUUCGGACAAUAUUAUUGAACAAAACUGUCUUAUUGUUAUUAUUUGUAUUGAUGUGACGUUUAACCAAAUUCAACAGCUUUCUUUCGUAUAUUGUAAAUUAUUCAUUAACUUCUCAAAUAUUUUGAUACCCGGGUAUUAUGCCUAGUCGUAUGGUAAGUGCCUUAUUUUGUAUAGAUAUUUAUGUAUGAACGAACUCACGUUUUUUACCCUUGUUGAUAAUGUUACGCCAUUUUAUCAUAAAAAAGCCAGUGCGACUGUAUGUAAAGCUUAUUUCAUUUGCAGUGUCUUUGUACAGUAAGCAAUUGUAGACGAACGGAUACGAAUUUUAGUUUGUAAGUAGUGUGUUUUCGAAAUAUAGAUUAUCAUGAUCAGUAAGACUGACGAAACUAUUGUAGAUGACUUGUCGAUAAAUUCAUCAGUGAUUCAAGUGUGUAUGUAGCCGCAAAUUUUAAUAAAUACUAAUUUAAGUAUCAA